AUGGCGGAACAAGAGAAGGAGCAGGUACGAUGCUCCUCAAGUGAAAGUGAAAACUUUGAGAAGAUCGAAUCGGAAGAGGCACGUGCAAGUUCCAAUUAUGAAAACCCUCACUUCAGAUUGGGUGACGAAACUCCCUCUGGAGACGAGGGUCCAGCAAACGAAGGAGGAGAUUUCUUCCCCAAUGCCCCACCACCGAAUAUACGUCGGAUGAUGACGCCAGCACAGCAACUUGCUCUUGCUGAAAGAAGGAGCAAACUGAGGUAG